GGGUACCCACGUGCGUACAUAACGAGGUACAUAAUGAGUCUAUGUAGAUUCUCCAUUGGGGCAAGAUCUUGUCUUCUAGCAACGAGAAGAUCCUCUAGUGCUUUAGCAAGAGGGAGAGUGACGGCCAUUAGAGAUGGGAAACCACUAGGAACCUGGAUUAAUAGAUUUACUAAUCGCUAUAGUAGAGCAAACACUAACAGUAGCAAGGAAGAUAAAAAGGAUGAGUCAGUGAGCAAUGAGGGUACUACUGAUAAUGGGAAUGGCAAAGAGAAUGACCUAGAGCCACCAAUCGAUAUAGAUGCUCUGAAGAAAACGUUAUUAGACAAAGACGAACUCUUAGCGAAAAAGGAUGCAGAACUAAACGAAUUAGAGGAUAAGUAUAAAAGAGCUCUGGCAGAGACAGAGAACACGAGACACCGCAUGCUCAAACAGGUCCAAGAUGCUAAGCUAUUUGGCAUACAAGACUUCACCAAAGAUAUAAUCAGUAUCGCUGACGUCUUAGAAAAGGCUAUAGAGAGUGUCCCAUCGACUCAAAUUGAAGGAAAGGAAGCCAACCAGUCGAUAGUCAGCCUUUAUAAUGGUCUGAAAAUGAUGGAGACCAAUCUUCUAAAAGUUUUUUCUAAGCAUGGACUCUCGAAAAUAGAACCUGGAGAUGGUGAGAAGUUUGAUCCAAACUUGCAUGAGGCUCUGUUUCAAAUACCUGGAGAUAAAGUGGGCACAAUAGGAGCUGUGUCUAAGGUCGGGUAUGUAUUGAAUGGGAGGACGAUUCGGCCGGCGAUGGUGGGUGUGGUCAAGGAAAAGGACUGAAAUCAUAAUGUUAUUUGUUGUUAUAUAAAUUAUGUCAUUGUUUAAUGUUAUGAUGUUAUGUGUUUACAUACUGGA